AUGGUGAUGGGCAACAACAAGGACAAGGCCAAGUCGGGCAAGGCGGAGGGCGCGCGGUGCCGGCGGCACCGGCAGCAGGGGGCGGGCGUCUGCGCGUCCUGCCUGCGGGACCGCCUGUCCCACCUGUCCCUCUCGGCGUCGCUGCCCUCCGUCGUGCGCGGCGAGGAGGCGGAGGGGUACAGCAGAUACCACGAGGAGGCGUCCUCCUGCUGCUCGGAGGCCUCCACGGCCUACUCCUCGGAGGGCUCCAGCGCGGCGUCGUCGGAGUGUGCCAGCCCGGGCGGCGACGAGCCGGCGUUCCACGACGAGAUGAGGCGCGCGGCGCGGGUGUCGCUGCUGAUGCGGCACGAGCGGGUCGUCGGGGACGCCGACGCCGUGGCCGCGUUCCUCCGGGCGAGGAGGGAGCAGAGGAGGAGGACCACGGCCACGGGCUUCUGGGCCAAGCUGCUGCACGCGACGCGGGGAGGAGGGAAGAAGGACCAAGGGUGCUCGAUGGCCGCGCGCGGCAAGACGCUCGAGGAGAGGACCGCCGCGGCCAAGUGGGUUCUCUUCUGA